AAUAUUUCAAAGGUGUCCAGAAAUCUACCCCACUGGUUGAAAGUUCCAAAUGUAGUGUCAUCUGAUGUAAAAGAGGGCAAAGUAGCAUGCGAUGAAAUGAAACAUCUUCUAGAUCCGGAGAUCAUAUUAACACUGAAAGAAAGUCAAAUCGAAUCAUUUUUUCCAGUUCAGAAGCAGAUCAUUACAGAAUUGCUUGAGAAUGCAAAUGAAAUGACAUGGCAGUUUCCCAUUGGUGGAGUACCUUUGAGUGACAUCUGUUGCUCCGCCCCCACAGGCAGUGGGAAAACUCUGGCAUUUGUCAUACCCAUCGUGCAGAUAUUGAAAUAUAGCACCUUUAGAGCACUACGAUGCUUGGUGGUGGUGCCUGUGGUCGAGUUGGCCAGCCAAGUUUAUAAAGUUUUCAAGACAUUCACUAAAAAUACAAAUCUGAAGGUUGGAGUAGCUAAUGGUCUGAAAUCAUUUUCAGCUGAGCAGUUAUCCAUCAUUGAUUUCAAAGGUGCCUACGGACCGACGAGCAAAGUUGACAUUCUUGUAUGCACACCUGGGAGAUUGGUCGAUCACAUACAUUCAUCUCCACAUUUCAACCUAUCACAGCUCAGGUUCUUGGUUGUUGAUGAAGCUGAUAGGAUGAUGGAAGAAGUGAAGCAGGAUUGGUUGAGCCACGUUGAGAGGGCAGUCUUUCAAUCAGCCAAUCAGAUCACUCAGAAUUCAAAUGACCAAAGACCGUAUCAAUUUGCCUUACUGAGAAACCAUAUCCAAAGACCGCGAAUACAACUUCAAAAGCUUUUAUUCUCGGCCACACUUUCUCACAACCCUGAAAAGUUACAACUUAUGAAACUGUACAACCCUAAACUUUUUACAUCUGUGGCCAAGAGAGAUAAGAGCAAUUUGAAGAGAAAUUUGUACCUUGGCAAAUAUGUUACACCUGUUGGUUUGAAGGAAAAUUUUGUGGAGGUAGACAAAUCAAGAAAACCACUAGUUCUCCUGCACAUCCUGAAGACAAUGCCAUUCAAGUCCAUCCUAUGUUUCUCUAAUUCUGUACAAUCAACAAAUAGACUGUGUUCUCUGAUGAAGCUGAUGGAAGUUAAAGCCUGUGAGUUUUCAUCAAAUCUUCACAUCUCAAAGAGAGACAGAGUUGUCAAACAAUUCAAUACUGGGAAACUUAAUUUGAUGGUAUGUUCCGACGCAAUGUCCAGAGGAUUGGAUCUGGAAGCCGUAGACUGCGUCGUUUCCUACGAUGUAGCAACGUCCCUUAAAACUUACAUACACAGGAUUGGUAGGACAGCGAGAGCAGGGAAGGAAGGUAGCGCCAUUGCACUGUUAGAAAAGAAAGAAAUCCAAUAUUUCAAAAGAUUGCUAAAGGAUGGAGGAAAAGAGAAGAUCAAAGAGAUUAAAGUCAAUCAGUCAAAAUUGAAACCAUACACGUCACAGUAUCAAAAGGCCUUAGCAGCCUUAGCUAAAACAUUACAAACUGAAAAUAACAAGAUAAAAUAA